UAGGGGACAGGGAGCCAGGGCCUCUAUCUUAUGACUUCUUUCGCUUUCUGCAGCUCUGCCUGCCCAAGAUUCUACCAAGAGGAGGAGAGAAUGACCAAGUUUCAGGAGGAAGUCACGUUCAAGGACGUGGCCGUGGUCUUCACCGAGGAGGAGCUGGGGCUGCUGGACCCCGCCCAGAGGAAGCUGUACCAGGACGUGAUGCUGGAGAACUUCUGGAACCUGCUCUCACUGGAGGACCAGCAUCAAAAUAAGAAUGAGCUUGAGACUCUGCAAAGAUUAAGGUACCAUUUAUAUGAAGAGCUGUCCUGCAGUCAUGUCUGGGAACAGGUUGUAGGAGAAUUAACGAGAAGACAAGAUUCGAUACGCCAUCUCCAGGGGAAGAGUCCCUGGUUGCGAAAACAACAUGACUUUCCCUGCCAGAUCUGGUCGGGACUGUCCGUUGAGGUUUCUGAAAAGAACUACCGAGUGAAUCUCCAAGGGCGUCAUUGCGAUAAGAUUGAGCAUCAGAAGUUUCCAACAUGGAGAACCCAAGAUUUGGGGAGGAGGCCAUAUCCGGGCGAGUCACAGAGUCAUCAGAGUAGAAGUGAGCCGAUGGCAGUGGGAAACAACCUGUGUGAUUGUGAUCCGUGUGUUGGCAGCUCCAGUUGGAUAUCCUCAGGCCACCAUAAGGAUCGUGGAGGCGAGCAGCGAGACAAAGCUGCUGGCCACAGUGGACAAGACUUCAUGAAGCGUAAUACAACUGACCGAGGAGGGAAACCCUACGUGAGCAGUCACUGUGACCAAGGCUUCUAUGAUGCCGCUGAUCUUGAACUUCAUCAGACAUCAUACAUAGCGAGGAAGCCCCAGACAUGUAGUGAGUGUGGAAAGGCCUUCGGGGAUAGCUCAGCUUUUCCCAUUCCUCAGAGUGCUCCCGCAGGAGGGAGGCACUUUACGUGUGAUGACUGUGCCACGGGCCUCCGUCAAAGUUCAUGUGUUCACACACAUCAGAAUGCCCACACGGGGGAAACACCCUUCACAUCCGAGUGUGACAAGAGCUCCGAUCCGCGUUCCCCUCUUCGCACGAAUCAGCAACUUCCCACGGAAGAGAAGCCUUUUCAGUGCGACAGUUGUGGGAGGAGCUUUGGUCAUCGUUCUGACCUUAACCUCCAUCGCCGAACCCACGGCGAAGGGAGACUCUAUGAAAGCAGUGAGUGUGGGAGAGGCUUCAGGCUUCAAGCCCAUCUUAGCGUUCACACAGGCGAGGGACCAUUUAAUUGUGAGGAUCAUAGAAGAGGCUUCAAUGAGAGAUCCGCACGUCACCACCAUCAACCAGCCCACGGAGGGGAGCCCCCUUAUCAGUGCGUUACGUGUCUAAAGAGUUUCGGUAGUAAAGCUAGCCUGCAUGUCCACCAGCGAGUUCACACCAUUGAGAGGCCUUUUAAGUGUGAGGAAUGCGGUAAGAGCUUUAAUUGGAGCUCCCAUCUUUACGUGCACAGGAGGGUCCACACAGGGGAAAAACCCUACAAGUGUGAAGAAUGUGGUAAGGGCUUCAGCCAGGCAUCACAUCUUCAGGCCCAUCAGAGAAUGCACAGUGGAGAGAAACCAUACAAAUGUAAUAUAUGUACGAAGGGCUUCAGCCGGAGCUCGUAUCUGCGGGUCCAUCAGCGAAUCCAUACUGGAGAGAAACCAUUUAAAUGCAUGGUGUGCGGUAAGGGCUUCCGGCAGCGCUCCUAUCUUCACACACAUCAAAGGGUUCACAUGGUGGAGAAACCCUACAAAUGUCAUGACUGUGGGAAGGGCUUUUGUCAGAGUUCGUCCCUGUACGCGCAUCAGCUGAUCCACACAGAUAAAAUAGCCUGUAGUUGUGAGAGGUACGGGAAGCCCGCUGGGAGUACCUCAGAUCAUAGUAUUUCUUGUAGAGUCCGCACUGGCAAGAAGUCCUUUGCAUGUGAACAGUGUGGGAAGCGCUUCAGUUGGAGCUCCCACCUCCAAGCCCAUCUAAGGGUCCACACGGAAGAGAAGCCAUUUAAGUGUGAGGAAUGUGGAAAGGGCUUCAGUGGGAGAUCCGCACUUCGUUGCCAUCAACAGCUUCACUCGGGAGAGACCCCGUAUCAGUGUGAUAACUGUCUCAAGGGCUUCAGUAGUAAAGCAAGUCUUCGUAUCCACCAGAAAAUUCACACCGUUGAGAAACCGUAUAAGUGUGAGGAAUGUGGCAAGUGCUUUAAUUGGAGCUCCCAUCUGUACGUGCACAGGAGGGUCCACACAGGCGAAAAACCCUACAAGUGUAAGGAAUGUGGUAAGGGCUUCAGUCAGACUUCACAUCUUCAAGCCCAUCAGAGAAUCCAUACUGGAGAGAAGCCGUACAAAUGUACCGUCUGUGCUAAGGGCUUCAGUCGGAGUUCCUAUCUUCUGGUUCAUCAUCGAAUCCAUACUGGUGAGAAACCAUUUAAAUGUAUGGUGUGUGGCAAGGGCUACAGUCAACGCCCCUAUCUUCACACACAUCAGAAAGUUCACAUAGUAGAGAAGCCGUCAGAUCAUAAUAUCAGAUGAUAAUACACUCGUUGUAAAAAGAAAACCGGUGCAUAUGAGCAGGGUGUGAGAAACACUUCCAGUCAACCUUGUGUCUCCAAGCUUGUCCGAGAGUCCGUACUGGUGAGGCACCAUACAAGUGUGAGGAAGAUGGAAAAACGUUCAUUGGAAGACCCCCAUUGCACAACCGCCAUCAAGUUCCUAGAAGAGUCAUCUAUAGUCAUCCAUAUUAUCAAGUUCAUAGAAGAGUCAUCAUAGAAGACUCAUACACAUCCCACCCCACCCAUCAAUAUGAUAAGGAUUGUCAGGGUUUUAAUAAUAAAUGAAGCUUCCAUGCCUAUCAGAGAGUUCACAUGGGAAAAAAACCAAAUACAUUCCCCCCAUCUUCAACCUUACCCUAAUGAGGAGAAGCUCCACAAAUAGGCGUGUGUGAUAAAGGCUCUGUAAAUAACUGAGCAUGUUCCUUUGCUUCAGGCUCUCCACCAAGAGGAGAAACUCUUUAAAAUGAUGCGUUUUAAGGAUUCCACAGGGAGUUGUGUUCCUGAAUAAUCAUCAAAGUCCCAAUAGGAGAGCGAGCCCCGUGUGUGGACGUGGUUGGUAAAUCUCAGCCAAGGCGGAGACGACCACAGCUCACAAAGAAGCUCCAUAGCCUAGAACCUGCUACAAACCUUCGUGUCCAUCAGCACACACAACAGAGAGGACAUAAAAGUGAUAACAAAAUGGCCGACUUUAACCAGAAUUAAAAGAUUGACAUGAAAGAAGUCAGCGUCCUCACUCCAUAGGGACCAAAUUUCUUCAGUGUCUGCUGUUGGUUGCUGUUCAGGGGAGUUGAGUGCGGACCAUGGGGGUCAAUCGGGUGGACUCCGUAACCCAUGAAUGUGCCUCUGGGUGGGUUUGAACUGCCAACCUUUUGGUUAGUAGGCAAGCAAUGAACCUUUUAUGUAACCCAGUAAUGGGACAUUGUGGAGAAAUGAGCUUCUUUAUGUGGCAUUUUGACUUGGGUCUUUGGCAAAACACAUUGAGAGAUUCACCACCCACCCACCCCUCCCACCCCCCCAUCCUGAAGCAUCAGCUUCGCCCUAAUUUUUUACCCCAGAAACAAUUUGUGGCUGGAUAUACUUUUUGUCUGGCUCUGGGCUGUGUAGCCUGCCUUGUGAGGGGUGUGUACCUUUCAGGGACUGGUCAAUAGUCUAUGCAUAUGAAGUUACUGUAGCUUACUAUGCAAAUGAAGUGUCUGUUGCCUUGAGGAAAAGGGAUUGAUCAGUUUGUGGCCCUCGGGUGGGAGGGGCAUGCCUUAAAAUUGAUAAACAGUUUUGUGCACCUCGGGUGUGGGGGGGGGGGACCUUCAAAAAGUUUGUGGGAAAAUGGAAUUAAAAGUUAAUGGGAUGUUCCCACACAUUUUCUGAAGCUCCCUAGCUUCAGAAUAGCCCACCCCCCAGAGGUCUUUGAGACAGGAGGCAGACAGAAGCAAAAGGAAGAAAGGAGAGAGGAAGCAGAGAUAGAAGAGGCAAGGGGCAUCCUAAAAAUACCUGUAACAUGGAUCAAGGACUGUAACACUGAAGGCAGCAAGAGGCCUGGGGCAGAGGUGGUGGCAGGGAGGCCAAAGGCAGAAGAACCUGUCCUCAGAAGGCUGAGAAAAGGUGUGUGGUGAGGAGGCCUUUUGUGAGAUGGGCAAGAGAGGGCAUGCGCAACAAAGGAUGUGUAUGGCAGAGAGAAGACCCUACUUGCCUGGGUGGCCAAGAGCAGCUGAGAGAUGUGUCCUGCCCUGAAGAAAUGAGGCCCAUGUUCUACACUUGGGGUGGUGGGGAGCCCUUCCAACUUUGCCUACAUGCUUCCUGAUCCGAAGUUGUAGCCUGCUGAUCCUGAUCCCAAGUUGUACCUUGUGUUCCUUAAUAAACCACUUAAUUUAAACCG